CUUUGACACCAAGACCUGUAGAUAAUUUUUCUCAUAAUCAGUCAAAUGAUCCAUAUAGUCAGCCUCCCCUAACCCCAUAUCCAGCAAUGAAUGAAUCUUUUGCCCAUCCUUCAAGGGCUUUUUCCCAGCCUGAAACCAUAUCAAGGCCAACAUCCCAGGACCCAUACUCCCAACCCCCAGGAACUCCACGACCUGUUGUAGAUUCUUAUUCCCAAUCUUCAGGAACAGCUAGGUCCAAUACAGACCCUUACUCUCAACCUCCUGGAACUCCCCGGCCUACUACUGUUGACCCAUAUAGUCAGCAGCCCCAAACCCCAAGACCAUCUACACAAACUGACUUGUUUGUUACACCUGUAACUAAUCAGAGGCAUUCUGAUCCAUAUGCUCAUCCUCCUGGAACACCAAGACCUGGAAUUUCUGUCCCUUACUCUCAGCCACCAGCAACACCAAGGCCAAGGAUUUCAGAGGGUUUUACUAGGUCCUAAAUGACAAGACCAGUCCUCAUGCCAAAUCAGGAUCCUUUCCUGCAAGCAGCACAAAACCGAGGACCAGCUUUACCUGGCCCAUUGGUAAGGCCACCUGAUACAUGUUCCCAGACACCUAGGCCCCCUGGACCUGGUCUUUCAGACACAUUUAGCCGUGUUUCCCCAACUGCUGCCCGUGAUCCCAAUGAUCAGCCUCCAAUGACUCCAAGAUCUCAGUCUGACUCUUUUGGAACAAGUCAAACUGCCCAUGAUGUUGCUGAUCAGCCAAGGCCUGGAUCAGAGGGGAGCUUCUGUGCAUCUUCAAACUCUCCAAUGCACUCCCAAGGCCAGCAGUUCUUUGGUGUCUCCCAACUUCCUGGACCUGUGCCAACUUCAGGAGUAACUGAUACACAGAAUAACUGUAAAUAUGGCCCAAGCAGAUACAGAGAAAUUGAGACAGCGGCAGAAUUUAUGUGAAAUCAUUCUCCAGCAGCAACAGCAGAAGAUUGCAGGUCGACAGGAGAAGGGGUCACAGGACUCACCUGCAGUGCCUCAUCCAGGGCCUUUUCAACACUGGCAACCAGAGAAUGUUAACCAGGCUUUCACCAGACCCCCACCUCCCUAUCCUGGGAACAUUGGGUCUCCUGUUGCCCCUCCUUUAGGACCUAGAUAUGCUGUUUCCCCAAAAGAUCAGCGUGGACCCUAUCCUCCUGAUGUUGCUAGCAUGGGGAUGAGACCUCAUGGAUUUAGAUUUGGAUUUCCAGGAGGUAGUCAUGGUACCAUGUCGAGUCAAGAGCGCUUCCUUGUGCCUCCUCAACAAAUACAGGGAUCUGGAGUUUCUCCACAGCUAAGAAGAUCAAUAUCUGUAGAUAUGCCUAGGCCAUUAAAUAACUCACAGAUGAAUAAUCCAGUUGGACUUCCUCAGCAUUUUUCACCACAGAGCUUGCCAGUUCAGCAGCACAACAUACUGGGCCAAGCAUAUAUUGAACUGAGACAUAGGGCUCCUGACGGAAGGCAACGGCUGCCUUUCAGUGCUGCACCUGGCAGUGUUGUAGAGGCAUCUUCUAAUCUGAGACAUGGAAACUUCAUUCCCCGGCCAGACUUUCCGGGCCCUAGACACACAGAGCCCAUGAGACGACCUCCCCAGGGUCUACCUAAUCAGCUACCUGUGCACCCAGAUUUGGAACAAGUGCCACCAUCUCAACAAGAGCAAGGUCAUUCUGUCCAUUCAUCUUCUAUGGUCAUGAGGACUCUGAACCAUCCACUAGGUGGUGAAUUUUCAGAAGCUCCUUUGUCAACAUCUGUACCAUCUGAAACAACGUCUGAUAAUUUACAGAUAGCCACCCAACCUUCUGAUGGUCUAGAAAAAAAACUCCAUUCUGAUGACCCUUCUGUGAAAGAACUGGAUGUUAAAGACCUUGAGGGGGUUGAAGUCAAAGACUUAGAUGAUGAAGAUCUUGAAAACUUAAAUUUAGAUACAGAGGAUGGCAAGGUAGUUGAAUUGGAUACUUUAGAUAAUUUGGAAACUAAUGAUCCCAACCUGGAUGACCUCUUAAGGUCAGGAGAGUUUGAUAUCAUUGCAUAUACAGAUCCAGAACUUGACAUGGGAGAUAAGAAAAGCAUGUUUAAUGAGGAACUAGACCUUCCAAUUGAUGAUAAGUUAGAUAAUCAGUGUGUAUCUGUUGAACCAAAAAAAAGGAACAGGAAGACAAAACUCUGGUUCUCUCUGAUAAACAUUCACCACAGAAAAAAAUCCACUGUUACCAAUGAGGUAAAAACGGAAGUACUGUCUCCAAAUUCUAAGGUGGAAUCCAAAUGUGAAAUUGAAAAAAGUGAUGAGAAUAAAGAUAAUGUUGACACUCCUUGCUCACAGGCUUCUGCUCACUCAGACCUAAAUGAUGGAGAAAAGACUUCUUUGCAUCCUUGUGAUCCAGAUCUAUUUGAGAAAAGAACCAAUCGAAACUGCUGGCCCCGGUGCAAAUGUCAUUCAAGCAUCCACUCAACUACCUGCUCAAGAGGUAAUAAACUCUUGUGGCAUAACUGGAUCAACUCCAGUUCUCUCAAGUUUACUUGCUAAUGAGAAAUCUGAUAAUUCAGACAUUAGGCCAUUGGGGUCUCCACCACCAACUCUGCCGGCCUCACCAUCCAAUCAUGUGUCAAGUUUGCCUCCUUUAAUAGCACCGCCUGGCCAUGUUUUGGAUAAUACCAUGAAUUCUAAUGUAACAAUAGUGUCUAGGGUAAACCAUGUUUUUUCUCAGGGUGUGCAGGUAAAUCCAGGAUUCAUUCCAGGUCAAUCAACAGUUAACCAGAAUCUGGGGACAGGAAAACCUACAACUCAAACUGGGCCUCUAACAAGUCAGUCUGGUACCAGUAGCAUGUCUGGACCCCAACAGCUAAUAAUUCCUCAAACAUUAGCACAGCAGAAUAGAGAGAGGCCCCUUCUUCUAGAAGAACAGCCUCUACUUCUACAGGAUCUUUUGGAUCAAGAAAGGCAAGAACAGCAGCAGCAAAGACAGAUGCAAGCCAUGAUUCGUCAGCGAUCAGAACCAUUCUUCCCUAAUAUUGAUUUUGAUGCAAGUACAGAUCCUAUAAUGAAAGCCAAAAUGGUGGCCCUUAAAGGCAUAAAUAAAGUGAUGGUACAAAACAAUCUGGGCAUGCCACCAAUGGUGAUGAGCAGGAUGGCAGUAUAACACAUCAGAUUUCUAGGCCUAAUCCUCCAAAUUUUGGUCCAGGCUUUGUCAAUGAUUCACAGCGUAAGCAGUAUGAAGAGUGGCUCCAGGAGACCCAACAGCUGCUUCAAAUGCAGCAGAAGUAUCUUGAAGAAUAAAGUGCUCACAGAAAAUCUAAGAAGGCCCUUUCAGCUAAACAACGUACUGCCAAGAAAGCUGGGCGUGAAUUUCCAGAGGAAGAUGCAGAACAACUCAAGCAUGUUACUGAACAGCAAAGCAUGGUUCAGAAACAGCUAGAACAGAUUCAUAAACAACAGAAAGAACAUGCUGAAUUGAUUGAAGAUUAUCGAAUCAAACAGCAGCAACAGCAGCAGCAAUGUGUGAUGGCCCCACCUACCGUGAUGCCCAGUGUCCAGCCCCAGCCACCCCUAAUUCCAGGUGCCACUCCACCCACCAUGAGCCAACCUGCCUUUCCCAUGGUGCCACAGCAGCUUCAGCACCAGCAGCACACAACAGUUAUUUCUGGCCAUACUAGCCCUGUUAGAAUGCCCAGUUUACCUGGAUGGCAACCCAACAGUGCUCCUGCCCACCUGCCCCUCAAUCCUCCUAGAAUUCAGUCCCCAAUUGCCCAAUUACCAAUAAAAACUUGUACACCAGCCCCAGGGACAGUCUCAAAUGCAAAUCCACAGAGUGGACCACCACCUCAGGUAGAAUUUGAUGACAACAAUCCCUUUAGUGAAAGUUUUCAAGGACGGGAAUGUAAGGAACGUUUACGAGAACAGCAAGAGAGACAACGGAUCCAACUCAUGCAGGAGGUAGAUAGACAAAGAGCUUUGCAGCAGAGGAUGGAAAUGGAGCAGCAUGGCAUGGUGGGCUCUGAGAUAAGUAGUAGUAGGACAUCUGUGUCCCAGAUUCCCUUCUACAGUUCUGACUUACCUUGUGAUUUUAUGCAACCUCCAAGACCACUUUAGCAGUCUCCACAACACCAACAGCAAAUGGGGCAGGUUUUACAGCAGCAGAAUAUACAACAAGGAUCAAUUAAUUCACCCUCCACCCAAACUUUCAUGCAGACUAAUGAGCGAAAGCAGGUGGGCCCUCCUACAUUUGUUCCUGAUUCACCAUCAAUCCCUGUUUGAAGCCCAAAUUUUUCUUCUGUUAAGCAGGGACAUGGAAAUCUUUCUGGGACCAGCUUCCAGCAGUCCCCAGUGAGGCCUUCUUUUACACCUGCUUUACCAGCAGCACCUCCAGUAGCUAAUAGCAGUCUCCCAUGUGGCCAAGAUUCUACUAUAACCCAUGGACACAGUUAUCCGGGAUCAACCCAAUCGCUCAUUCAGUUGUAUUCUGAUAUAAUCCCAGAGGAAAAAGGGAAAAAGAAAAGAACAAGAAAGAAGAAAAGAGAUGAUGAUGUACAAUCCGCCAAGGCUCCAUCAACUCCCCAUUCAGAUAUAACUGCCCCACCAACUCCAGGCAUCUCAGAAACUACCUCUACUUCUGCAGUGAGCACACCCAGUGAGCUUCCUCAACAAGCCGACCAAGAGUCAGUGGAACCAGUUGGCCCAUCCACUCCCAAUAUGGCAGCAGGCCAGCUAUGUACAGAAUUAGAGAACAAACUGCCCAAUAGUGAUUUCUCACAAGCAACUCCAAAUCAACAGACUUACGCAAAUUCAGAAGUAGAUAAGCUCUCCAUGGAAACCCCUGCCAAAACAGAAGAGAUAAAACUGGAAAAGGCUGAGACAGAGUCCUGCCCAGGCCAAGAGGAGCCUAAAUUGGAGGAACAGAAUGGUAGUAAGGUAGAAGGAAACGCCGUAGCCUGUCCUGUCUCCUCAGCACAGAGUCCUCCCCAUUCUGCUGGGGCCACUGCUGCCAAAGGAGACUCAGGGAAUGAACUUCUGAAACACUUGUUGAAAAAUAAAAAGUCAUCUUCUCUUUUGAAUCAAAAACCUGAGGGCAGUAUUUGUUCAGAAGAUGACUGUACAAAGGAUAAUAAACUAGUUGAGAAGCAGAACCCAGCUGAAGGACUGCAAACUUUGGGGGCUCAAAUGCAAGGUGGUUUUGGAUGUGGCAACCAGUUGCCAAAAACAGAUGGAGGAAGUGAAACCAAGAAACAGCGAGGCAAAUGGACUCAGAGGACGGGUGAGAAAGCAGCACCUUGCUCAAAGGAAAGGAAAAAGGAUGAAGAGGAGAAACAAGCUAUGUAUUCUAGCACUGACACAUUUACCCACUUGAAACAGAUGAGGCUCUCUCUGCUCCCUCUAAUGGAACCAAUCAUUGGAGUGAACUUUGCGCACUUUCUUCCUUAUGGCAGUGGCCAAUUUAAUAGUGGGAAUCGACUUCUAGGAACUUUUGGCAGUGCUACCCUGGAAGGGGUUUCAGACUACUAUUCUCAGUUGAUCUACAAGCAGAAUAAUUUAAGUAAUCCUCCAACACCCCCUGCCUCUCUUCCUCCUACACCACCUCCUAUGGCUUGUCAGAAGAUGGCCAAUGGUUUUGCAACAACUGAAGAACUUGCUGGAAAAGCUGGAGUGUUAGUGAGCCAUGAAGUUACCAAAACUCUAGGACCUAAACCAUUUCCGCCCUUCAGACCCCAGAACGACUUGUUGGCCCGAGCUCUUGCUCAGGGCCCCAAGACAGUUGAUGUACCAGCCUCCCUCCCAACACCACCUCAUAACAAUCAGGAAGAAUUAAGGAUACAGGAUCACUGUGGUGAUCGAGAUACUCCUGACAGUUUUGUUCCCUCAACCUCUCCUGAGAGUGUGGUUGGGGUAGAAGUGAGCAGGUAUCCAGAUCUGUCAUUGGUCAAGGAGGAGCCUCCAGAACCGGUGCCAUCCCCCAUCAUUCCAAUUCUUCCUAGCACUGCUGGGAAAAGUUCAGAAUCAAGAAGGAAUGACAUCAAAACUGAGCCAGGCACUUUAUAUUUUGCGUCACCUUUUGGUCCUUCCCCAAAUGGUCCCAGAUCAGGUCUUAUAUCUGUAGCAAUUACUCUGCAUCCUACAGCUGCUGAGAACAUUAGCAGUGUUGUGGCUGCAUUUUCCGACCUUCUUCACAUCCGAAUCCCUAACAGCUAUGACGUUAGCAAUGCUCCAGAUGUCCCAUCCAUGGGUUUGGUCAGUAGCCACAGAAUCAACCUGGGUUUGGAGUAUCGACAGCAUUUACUUCUCCGUGAGCCUCCGCCAGGAUCUGCAAACCCUCCCAGAUUAGUGAGCUCUUACCGGCUGAAGCAGCCUAAUGUACCAUUUCCUCCAACAAGCAAUGGUCUUUCUGGAUAUAAGGAUUCUAGUUAUGGUAUUGCAGAAAGCACAGCACUCAGACCACAGUGGUGUUGUCAUUGUAAAGUUGUUAUUCUUGGAAGUGGUGUGCAGAAAUCUUUCAAAGAUCUGAUCCUUUUGAACAAGGAUUCCCGAGAAAGCACCAAGAGGGUAGAGAAGGACACUAUCUUCUGUAGUAAUAACUGCUUUAUUCUUUAUUCAUCAACUGCACAAGUGAAAAACUCAGAAAACAAGGAAUCCAUUCCUUCAUUGCCACAAUCACCUAUGAGAGAAACACCUUCCAAAGCAUUUCAUCAGUACAGCAACAACAUCUCCACUUUGGAUGUGCACUGUCUCCCCCAGCUCCCGGAGAAAGCUUCUCCCCCUGCCUCACCACCCAUCGCCUUCCCUCCUGCUUUUGAAGCAGCCCAAGUCGAGGCCAAGCCAGAUGAGCUGAAGGUGACAGUCAAGCUGAAGCCUCGGCUAAGAGCUGUCCAUGGUGGGUUUGAAGAUUGCAGGCCGCUCAAUAAAAAAUGGACAGGAAUGAAAUGGAAGAAGUGGAGCAUUUAUAUUGUAAUCCCUAAGGGGACAUUUAAACCACCUUGUGAGGAUGAAAUAGAUGAAUUUCUAAAGAAAUUGGGCACUUCCCUUAAACCUGAUCCUGUGCCCAAAGACUAUCGGAAGUGUUGCUUUUGUCAUGAAGAAGGUGAUGGAUUGACAGAUGGACCAGCAAGGCUACUCAACCUUGACUUGGAUCUGUGGGUCCACUUGAACUGCGCUCUGUGGUCCAUGGAGGUCUAUGAGACUCAGGCUGGUGCCUUAAUAAAUGUGGAGCUAGCUCUGAGGAGAGGCCUCCAGAUGAAAUGUGUCUUCUGUCACAAGACAGGUGCCACUAGUGGAUGCCACAGAUUUCGAUGCACCAACAUUUAUCACUUUACUUGCGCCAUUAAAGCACAAUGCAUGUUUUUUAAGGACAAAACUAUGCUUUGCCCCAUGCACAAACCAAAGGGAAUUCAUGAGCAAGAAUUAAGUUACUUUGCAGUCUUCAGGAGGGUCUAUGUUCAGCGCGAUGAGGUGCGACAGAUUGCUAGCAUCAUGCAACGAGGAGAACAGGACCAUACCUUUCGCGUGGGUAGCCUCAUCUUCCACACAAUCAGUCAGCUGCUUCCACAGCAGAUGCAAGCAUUCCAUUCUCCUAAAGCACUCUUCCCUGUGGGCUAUGAAGCCAGCCGGCUGUACUGGAGCACGUGCUAUGCCAACAGGCGCUGCCGCUACCUGUGCUCCAUUGAGGAGAAGGAUGGGCACCCAGUGUUUGUCAUCAGGAUUGUGGAACAAGGCCAUGAAGACCUGGUUCUAAGUGACAUCUCACCUAAAGGUGUCUUGGAUAAGAUUUUGGAGCCUGUGGCAUGUGUGAGAAAAAAGUCUGAAAUGCUCCAGCUUUUCCCAGCGUAUUUAAAAGAAGAGGAUCUGUUUGGCCUGACCGUCUCUGCAGUGGCACGCAUAGCGGAAUCACUACCUGGGGUUGAGGCAUGUGAAAACUAUACCUUCCGACACGGCCGAAAUCCUCUCAUGGAACUUCCUCUUGCCGUUAACCCCACAGGUUGUGCCCAUUCUGAACCUAAAAUGAGUGCCCAUGUCAAGAGGUUUGUGUUAAGGCCUCACACCUUAAACAGCACCAGCACCUCAAAGUCAUUUCAGAGCACAGUCACUGGAGAACUGAACGCACCUUAUAGUAAACAGUUUGUUCACUCCAAGUCAUCGCAGUACCGAAAGAUGAAGACUGAAUGGAAAUCCAAUGUGUAUCUGGCACAGUCUCGGAUUCAGGGGCUGGGCCUGUAUGCUGCUAGAGACAUUGAGAAGCACACCAUAGUCAUUGAGUAUAUCGGGACUAUCAUUCGAAAUGAAGUAGCAAACAGAAAAGAGAAACUUUACGAGUCUCAGGUAUAUCAACCAUUCGUGUGCACUUAAUUGUGUGGCUGAAGUGGUGACUUUUGAGAGAGGACACAAAAUUAUCAUCAGCUCCAAUCGGAGAAUCCAGAAAGGAGAAGAGGUAAGAGUGUGAGAGAUUGCGUCUGCCAUGUUGUUCAGAUCCUGGGUGAAUAGUUCCCUCCUCAUACAGGUCACUUACUCACUUGUUUCCCAAUUCUUUGUUGUGAUAAAAACUCUGUCUAUAGUAGGCCAGAUGUUCCCACCCUGCAAUAUCUCACCCUUCAGGCAUUCUAGUUCACCUUCCUCCACAUGGCAGCUCUGUGAACAUUUGCUGUCACCUCUCCCUUCCCUUCUGUGCCACGGGUUCAGCAUCCCCAUGGCACCCAGGUGGUAUCAUUUCUAUGUGCCAUAGGAUCCUUCUUUAUCCCCUUAACCUGAACACAGUUUGGCAGCAUCCCCUCUGAAGAGCAUCCCUGUCCGUCUCCAAGGGGGCCGUGGCUCCUGGGAUGGCACUGUUGGGCUAUGGGCAGCAAAUCUGGGCCGCCGUGCUGCUGAGGAUUGUGUGCUCACACUGAUGAUCAGUGCAUGCUUAACCAAGUGCCCACAUCAUCACAUUCUCCAGCAGUUCAGGUGUGGGUUGUUGUCUUCAAAAUGCCGAGUGCCAAGCUUGCUAUUUGUCUCCGUGCUCUCAGAGGUGACUCUGGUCUGGCGUCUCACCCGUUGGGAUUAUUUUUGGCCUUAAUUGCUGCAUUUGCUUCCCAACUUGGUCUUUCCCACUGUGAUUCAGGUACCUUGGUUCUGGAAUUGGCAUUUCCUGGAAAACUGUCACUGAGCAGCAGGCUUGGUUUCUUUAGGAAACGUCCCACAUUUGGGGAGUGAGGCACCUGAGUGGCUUGACUUUGUUGGUGCUCCUCUCCUUUCAUGAACAUAGCCGUGGGAUUCAUGGGAUUCUAUCUGUAUUUUGGGUCUUUGUGGAAUCUCCUUUCUUAGUCAAGAAUAAGGAUCCGACUAGACCCAAGGCCCGUUAUACAUCUCAAAGUAACGUGUAAAUAAGACAGUGUGUGGGAGGCCUGGCACGGUGCCAGUAACCAGUGGAUACCAUGGUGGUCAGAAGAGACUCAGCCCAGGGCCACCUGCCUCCUUCCUACUUGAGUAUUCUUGAGUAAGUAGUUUAAUCUGAGCCCCUAUUUUAUCUUCUACAAAAUGGAGAAAAUGACUUCCUUACAAAGCUCUUGUAAAGACUCAGCAGAUACCUGAAAGAAAGCAGUGGAAUCAUUGCCAAGAACAGCUGCUCAAUAAACACUGGUUUCCUUCCUUUCUGUGUAGAAGGUCUUUCCAGCUAGUGUCUAGAAUCAUUUCAAUCAGAAGAGGUUUCCAGCUAUGCCUGGGAGGACUCCCGCUCCCAUCACCUUCUGGCAGAGUUGAAGAAUCCCUUCCCAAAUAUCUAAAGAAAUUGGGUAAAUAUCAGCAAAGCAAGGUUCUUCUCAUGGGGAGGUGAGUAGACCGACGGUGCCCGUUUGCACAAUGUACUCCGUGCUCCAGCUCAGUGCCCAGCGCCACUCUGAAGUCUCGUUUUCUUCCUGCCAUGCUGUUGACAGCACAGCUUUAUGUGUAGUUCCUGGAGGCUCCUUCAAGUGUUCAGGAUCUUCUAAAAUGGAAGCCAUGUUCUACUUGCUAGGAGGGUCAGCUGUCUGCUCAUCCCCGGUCAGCCACAGCCUUACUCCAGGUCUCUGGGAAUCUUGCACCCCGGCCCUGCUUGCUCCUGUGUCCUCAGAACCCAUGGUGGGUCCAUCGAGCCCUUCAGGGGCCGAGAUCUCACUGGAACCCUGUCUCUGGUGCCAGGGUUUUGCCUGUGACAUGUCCCAGCUGGUACUACAGACUCUCCAUCCACUUUGUCUGUCCUGAGGAUGCUCCAGCAUCCGUCCCGGGGCCAGUGCCCUCGUUGCCUAGAGCAAGCCUGCUCGAGGCUCCCUGUGCAGUUUCUGAUGCUGUGUUCCUGCAAGGGUUCUCGUUUUUGAAGACACUACUUCUGGGUCCCAGAAAUUCUUUUAACCUAGCUUUUAUCCUAACCGCAGAAAUGUUAAAAGUAUUCCUUCUUCCUUGAUGGCAACCUUACGAAACUUUGCUUCCUGAAGAACAAGUUGAUGCAGGUGGAGCACACGAGGUGUAUGACUUCUCAGCGGACGCCCCACUCAUAGAACCAUUCCACCAAUAUCUCCUCGCUCGGAAUGGCAGCUACCCGCUUCCAGGCCCCCACACCAGAGCCCCAUGCCAUCCUCACGCUCUGCAGCCUGCCCGGCUCAGGGCUUCAUCCCAGCAGCCCCAGCCAGGAAGACGCUUCGCUUUCAGAACAGAAGGACCUGCUAUUCCCUGACCUUGAAAUGCACGCGCGCGCCUUGAUGCUUCCUAACUGCUGUGCGUUCCGCCGGGACCUUGUCCAUCCCAAGGCCGCCUGGCCUGCUCCAGGAAGUUCUCCUGCCCUCUUGCCCGCUGUGGGAGUGUGCAGCCCCCGUUCUGUGUUUUCUUGGCGCUCCCUUCCCUCACAGCUCUGCAAGAUGCCAGAGAUGCGCGCCUUCUCAUUUCCCAGCGGACCCUGACUCAGACAGGAAGGAAGGAUUUUUGGAAACACAUACUCUUGACAGUGAUGCGGCUCAGGCACCACGUGACGCUUGGUCCUCACGUCCUCUUAGCCUCUUCUGGGACACUGCACUAUCUCCUAUGAAGUCUAAGAAAGGAAAUCAUGACAAGUUCCUGAUCAGAUAAAAACCACUGCAUCAUUAAAGGGGAUUAAAAAGAGGCAUAAAUAAAUCUGAAUAGAAAUAUCAAUUUUCCUGGGUUUUACCCUUCUGUACAAGCCCAUUUCUAGGGUUAAAAUGAUACUCUGGUUUGCCUCUAUAAGCAAGAAAUUCCUUAACAGCAGCUCAAAAAUGAACUUAAUGUCUGGGUGAAACAUACUUCUUCACCUGUGGACACUCAGAGCUCCCAUCUCUGUCAGACACGUGUCACCUCUGCUAACACACCCAGGCAUCUCCAGGAGGACAGGGAACUGUCAUCCUCUCCAAGAUGGCUCUGCUCCACCCAACCCAGGCUCUCCUAAAGCCCUAAACUCCACAUGGGAGGCAACGCCUGACGAAGCAACGUUCCUGCCACAGCAUCCACCUUAACCUUCCAAAUGCCACUGCUGUGAAGAGGAGCCAUCGCAGAUUGCCAUGGCGACAGAGCCCUUCUGACCCAGGGGAUCCACUGAUCUCAGGCACUGUCUAACCGACACCUGGUAUAGCCGAUUGUUUUUCUGAAAAAAAGGUAGCAAGAAAAAAAUAUUGCCAAUUACUGGCAAAACAUGGAAAUCCAGAGGAGAUAUGGAGCAUUUAAGAAUUCAGAUUAAGGGAUACAAUAGUCCCCUCUUAUCCAAAG